AAGAAAUCUGUGCUGCUAGCUAACGUUUCACAGCUGUUGCCAGCGAUUGUCACGGCCGGAACAGACGCGCGGUGCCCGGCUAGAGGACAGCCGGACUACCGCUGGAUCUGAACACUUUGAGGAGAAAGUUUGAACUGACCGAUCCCUGCUGCCUGCCCCCUUUUUGGACGUUAUCAGCCGACAUGUCCUCGUCUAAAUAGCUGUGGUGGAGGUCGAGGAUGGCCGCAGACGUGGAUCAAACAACCCCCGGGGAUGAGAGCAAGAAUCCGCAGCAGAGCGGGCACCAGAGUCCGCCGAGCUCCGGAUCCUGGAUCUCCAGGUGGAUCUGGACUCUGCUUAUAGUCGGUGCUGUCCCUCUUCUCGCCUUCGGGAUCAAGUAUUACCGAGACGCGCAGCUCCUCAGACGUCAUGAGGAGAGUGUGCGGACUCUGGGUGCAGAGGGGAUUUUCCUCUUCGCCUCCUUAGACACAGACCAUGAUCUUUAUCUCAGUCCGGAGGAGUUUAAACCUAUUGCAGAGAAACUCACAGGGAUUACACCCCCGGUGGAUUUUGAGGAGGAAGUGACCCAUGACUCCAACGGAGAGACUCUGACCUUGGAGGCCAAAAUGCAGCCGCUGCAGCUCGACUCCAUGACAAAAAGCAAGGAUGGUUUCCUCGGGGUGUCUCACAGCUCUCUGAGCGGGCUGCGCUCCUGGAGGAGCCCAGCAGUGCCUUCUUCUUCCUUCUCUGCCAGCCAGUUCAGGGCCUUCCUGCCCCCAAAGAACAAGGGUGAAGUGGGAGACACGUGGUGGGUGAUUCCCAGCGAGCUCAACAUCUUCACUGGGUACCUGCCCAACAACCGUUACCACCCUCCCUCACCUAAGGGCAAAGAGGUUCUCAUCCACUCCUUGUUGAGCAUGUUCCACCCACGGCCCUUCGUCAAAUCCCGUUUUGCCCCUCAGGGUGCAGUCGCCUCCAUUCGUGCCAGCAACGACUUUUAUUAUGACAUUGUGUUCAGGAUUCAUGCAGAAUUCCAGCUCAACGAUGUUCCAGACUUUCCCUUCUGGUUCACGCCGGGUCAGUUCAUCGGCAACAUUAUUCUGGCCAGAGACGCAUCUCACGUCCGCCACUUCCACCUCUACGUCCCCAACGACAGGUCUCUGAAUGUGGACAUGGAGUGGCUGUACGGGGCCAGUGAGAGCAGCAACAUGGAGGUGGACAUCGGAUACCUGCCACAGUUAGAGCUGCAGUCCACGGGCCCGUCCACUCCCUCCGUCAUCAUGGACGAGGUGGGAAACAUCAUCGACAGACGAGACGGGGACAGCGAGCCCAUCCAGUUCGUCUUCGAGGAAAUCCACUGGAGCUCAGAGAUCAGUCGGGAAGAAGCCGCUCGACGCCUGGAGGUCACCCUCUACCCCUUCAAGAAGGUGUCCUACCUGCCAUUCUCAGAGGCCUUUGAGCGAGCGGCAGCAGAGAAUAAACUGGUUCAUUCUAUUCUGCUGUGGGGAGCGUUAGACGACCAGUCCUGCUGAGGUUCGGGGCGGACUCUCCGGGAGACAGUCCUGGAAAGUUCGCCCGUCCUGGCCCUGCUCAACCAGAGCUUCAUCAGCAGCUGGUCUCUUGUCAGAGAGCUGGAGAACAUGCAGGCUGAUGAGCAGAACCCUGCGUUGGGUGAAAAGGCCCGGUUACACCUGGAGAUGUACAACUUCCCUGUGGAGAUGAUGUUGGCGCUGCCCAAUGGAACCAUUGUCCACCACAUCAAUGCCAACUUCUUCCUGGACCAGACGGCCAUGAAACCAGAGGAGGAAGGAGCCACUUUCAGCUUCUCUGCUGGCUUUGAAGAUCCCUCCACAUCCACUUAUAUCAGCUUCCUCAAGGAGGGGCUGGAGAAAGCCAAGCAGUACCUGGCACAGUAAUGUGGCUGUGUAAGCAAAAAGAGUCUGAGAGACUAAACAGGAGGAAACAAUCAUCAUUCCUCCGGGUAAUAAUCCAAGAUAAGAAAACCCAUCCAGUAAUUAUGUAGAGAAGCUUUUUCUCAUCACUGCGUUGGCAGCUAAAAAACUUUUUGCCUUUAGUCCUCGUUGUUACUAUUUAUUUGGGCGUCUCUCUCCCGGUCAGAAAGUUUUAUAUAUUGUGAUAAUCAGUCCUUACUGUCAAUAUAGUAUAUUUUAAUGAAAUACAAAGCAGUAACAGUUAUUUAAACACAUUUAGAUCUGCACUCUCUGCUUGUAGCUGCUGUUGAUAUAAACAGAAGCAUCAUAACACACAGAAACAUUCUUCAGUAACGCUUUAUAUUAAGGUCCUUGUAAUAACCAUUAAUUAACAAGUAAUAAGGCCCUUGUAAGUCCUUACAAGAUGCUUAUUAACAUUGUGUGUUUAUAAGCUUAUAUAAGUGCACUGCAAAAAAAGAAAAGUUGGGUGAGCUCAAAAUUUCAAGGCAACAAACUUCGAUAAAAUUUUAAGUUGGACAAUUAAACUAAAUAUUUUAAGUUUUGUUUCAUGAGUUUGCUCAACUCCGAAUUCAGAUUUUUGAACUUAUAAUUUUACAUUGUAAUAACUUUUAAUCCCUACUUCUGCAAUGUGCUGAAUUGGCACGAUUGGAAUGCCACUAUUAAAUGUCAGCUAAUGUUGCGACCACAAUUUUGAGUUAGCAUUGAUACGCUAAUGGCUACUCUUGUAGCUGUAACAAGCAGCGCUGCUAGCAUCAGGUAGCCGCUAGCAUCAGUUAGCCGCUAGCUUUCGCUAAUGACCGAAUUUCACCGCUUUCCCACAUUUCACAACAAAGAAAUAAGAGUUAUCAGAACUAUUGUCCCUUGUUGUGAACCCCAACUUAAAGAUAUAAGUAACAACAACUCACAAACUUGUUUUUGAGCAGACAACUGGCUUCCUUUGUUGUGCUAACUUACAUUAUUGCCCUAAAUGUCAAUAAUUUAUAUUUCCAAGUUUUACCAACUUAAAUCACUGUUUUAGGCAAAAAAUACAAGUUGGCUUUUUUGCAGUGUGUUAAUAAUGGCAUUACAAACAUCAAUGACCCACCCAUUAUGUCUUUGCCAUGCAUUUAUUAAUCUUAUUUUGUUUGCUUAUUGAUAUUAAAAUAUACUUUAUUGCUCAUCUAUUAUAAGUUAACUAUAAGUUAACUAUGCUUUUUGCAACUACUGGAUCUAAUGCCUUAUUACUUGUUAAUUAAUGGUUAUUAAGGACCUUAUUAUAAAGCGUUACCCAUUCUUUUAUAUCCUGGUGCAUUAUUUAAUGACUGAUGUGUUUUCCUGCUGUACCCAGAGACAGAUGGGGUGUAGAUCUUUAGUUGUGCUUCAGCAGUUUGUGAAGACGUAGCCUGAAAGCUCUGUGAGGGCCGGGUGGCGCCUGAUGUCAUGCUGAGGCUGCUGGAGGGAACACGCCUCUCUGACUCACGGGACCGAAGCAGCAGGACAAACUAAACCGGGCUGUGGCACAAACAAGAAUGAAAUGAGUUGUCUUUUUUUGAUUUGAAACCAAAUGUUGAAUAUUUUGCAGAUUUGUUUUGGUUUUUGAGGGAGAUGUUGCACCAAAGAACAUUGUGUUAUUGUGUGCAGGAGCUUGAGGUUCAUAUUUAUGUAACUAAAUGGAACCAUUUUAUGUUUGGUUUUGGAGCUGAGAGGCACAUGAUACAGUACACUGUGGUUUUCUUUUUUUUUUUUUUUUUUAGGAUCCAGUUGAAACAAUGUGUUCGCUUUAGCCAGACCAUAGGAAAUCCUGGCAACACUUUAUAAUAACCAUCAUUUAUAAAUUAUAAAUUGACAACUGGUUUAAGUUCAGUUAAAUUAUUUUUCGGUCAACAAACAACAGAAUCAUAAUGUUUAGUAAUUAUUAGGGCUGCAACUAACGAUUAUUGUCAUUAUUGAUUAAUCUGUCGAUUAUUUAAACGAUUCAUCGAUUAGUUGUUUGGUCAAUAAAAUGUUAAAAAAUAUCAACCAGUGUUUCCCAAACCACAAGGUGACGUCCUCAAAUCUCUUGUUUUGUCCACAAACCAAAGAGAUAUUCAGUUUAUUGUCAUAAAGGAACAAAGAAACCAGAAAUAUUCACAUUGAAGAAGCUGAAAUCAGAUAAUUUGGAUUUAUUGUCUUUAAAAAACUGCUCAAACCAAUUAUUGGAUUAUCAAAAUAUUUGACGAUUAAUUUGAUAAUCGAUUAUUGUUCGAUUAAUCGAAUAAUUGUUGCAGCUCUAGUAAUUAUAGUAAUGCUAUUAUUUGUUACGUAACAGUUUAUUCUUGCACUCAUUAUGACAUUUUAUGUUAUAUUAACCCUCCUGUUAUGUUCGUUUCUCAGGAUAAACAAUAAUGUUUAUUGGUCAAUUUGACCUGGGACAUGUUUAAUUAUCCAAAAAUGCCAGAAACUAAAAAAAAUCCCAAUAAAUAUUGUUUAAAUUUCAUUAAUAACUCCAUUAUUAACCAUUAAAAUCAAUAUUUAGUGCAAUGGUGUUCUUUAUCUCUAACAGAUCACGGUUCAAUGAGGAUAAUUCACUUGUAUUUCAUUAAAAAAAUGACGUUAAUUUAUUUUUAAAUGUACAUUGGAAAAACCUACAUAUAAAAUACAACAGUUUUACAUGACUUUGAUUUUUUUAAAUUUUUAAAAAAUUUUUUUAUGAAAAAAUACUUUUAACUUUUUAUUUUACGUUUUUGAAAUGGGUCAAUGUGACCUACAACAUAACAGGAGGGUUAAGUAUUUCUUAAUGGUUACAUUGUGAUUUGAAAAUGUUAAAUCACCAUAACUUAAAGCAUUACUAGGUAACUAGUAAUACUUUAUCAUUCCAUUUUUUAACAGUAAAGUAACUAAAUUGAAUGAUGGUUAUUGUAAGGUGUUUAUUGAAUCAUAGAUGUUGAAGAAGAACAGAUGGACCUACUGUUAGCUUUUUUUUUUCCAAAAUGUGUCUCAUUUUCACCUUUUCAAGUCAUACAAUUAAAAGUUUUGAUCAUGAAGUGUAAGAACACAGGGGUCAACAGAACUCAUUUUAAAUAGAAACCAUGAAAUUUGAUAAAAGAAUGUAACAUUAUGUCUGCUUCAUCGGAGCUUUGAAACACUGUUAUUCUACAACCUACCAGUGCCAUUUUUUCCACUAAGGUAAAACAAUAAAAACAUUUUUUGUACAAA